AUGGCUCCUCAAUCGGCGAAGCGGAGUUCCGCCAAAGACGAUGAUUUCGUGUUCACGCUCUCCGACGACGAGAUCGAAACCCGUUUCGAGGAAGAAGAUGACGAUAACGAGAUGCAGGACGAUACCGCGCCAGCAGCAGACAACAAAAAGCGCAAGCGCGAAGUCGAAGGCGUCAAGCCCAAGAACAAGAAACAGAAGCAGCAAGAAAAGCAGCAAUUGAAAAACGCCAAGAAGAACAAGAAGAACGCCGCGCCCGAACCCGAACCCGAGUCGGAAGAGGAGGAGGACGAUGAUGCUGCUGCAGCGGACGCAACAGAAGACGACGGCGUCUUAGACCCCGAGUUCGAGUUCGAUGUCGGCGGUGUCGCGAACCAAGGUGUCACUGAAGGCUUCGAUGGCUGGGGUAUUAAUGACAACGAGAAGAAGCGCUCCGGCGACAAGAAGGCUGUUGAUAUUGAUGAUAUCAUUGAGCGGAGGCAGGCCAAAAAGGAUGAGGCUGCUGCUAGGAAGCAGAAGAAGAACCCCGUCCAGAAGGAAGAGAGCGUCAGCGCAUCUGAAGACGAGGCUGCAUCAGGCGACGAAAUGCCCGUUGACUUCGAGGACGAUGAGCUCAUGGCCGAGGACGCCUUCGGCAUGGGCGCAGACGGCGAGGAGGAGAGUGAUGCCGAGGGCCCCGAGCCUGGCUCUGGGGAUGAAGGCGAGGAGGACGAUGAGGAUAAAGAUGAGGAUUCCGAUGACGAUGCUGCAUCUGACAACGACUCUGUCGCCACACCCGUUGGUCACCCCGAUGACAGGGCCUCAGACGUGGAGUCUGAUGUAGAGAGCGAGGUGGAUGAGGAGGAAGCAGAGAAGCGCAAAGCAUUCUUUGCCCCCGAAGAAAAGGUCGACACCAAGGCCAGCAUGGCCAAGAUGACGUUCCAAGAAUUCAAUCUUUCCCGCCCCAUCCUUCGCGGUCUCGCCGCAGUUGGAUUCACAGACCCGACUCCUAUCCAACGCAAGGCGAUUCCCGUUGCUCUGUUGGGCAAGGAUAUCGUCGGUAGUGCCGUGACUGGUUCCGGAAAGACCGCUGCCUUCAUUGUUCCUAUCCUCGAGCGUCUUCUCUUCCGUCCCCGCAAGGUCCCUACAAGUCGUGUUGUGGUUCUGAUGCCCACUCGUGAGUUGGCUGUUCAGUGUUACAAUGUUUCCGUCAAACUGGCUACAUUCACAGACGUCACAUUCUGUCAAUUGGUUGGUGGUUUCAGUCUUCGCGAGCAAGAGAACGUGCUCAAGAAGCGCCCCGAUGUCAUCAUCGCUACACCCGGUCGUUUCAUUGAUCACAUGCGCAACUCGCCCAGUUUCACAGUCGAUACCCUUGAGAUUCUAGUUCUUGAUGAGGCUGAUCGUAUGCUUGAGGACGGUUUCGCUGAUGAGUUGAACGAGAUUCUCACCACGAUUCCCAAAUCUCGCCAGACUAUGCUGUUCUCUGCGACCAUGACAGACUCAAUCGACAAGCUUAUUCGUGUCGGUAUGAACCGCCCAAUGCGCUUGAUGGUUGAUGCCAAGAAAAACACUGUCUCCACCCUUAUCCAAGAGUUCGUGCGUCUCCGUCCCGGACGGGAGGACAAGCGUCUCGGUUACCUCCUCUACCUGUGCAAAGAAGCCUACAACAAGCGUGUUAUUAUCUUCUUCCGACAGAAGAAGGAAGCUCACCGCGUUCGUAUCAUUUUCGGCCUAUUGGGCUUGAAGGCAGCAGAGCUACACGGUAGUCUGAGCCAAGAACAGCGUAUCAAAUCCGUCGAAAACUUCCGAGAUGGCAAGGUUGCCUUCCUUCUCGCCACCGACGUUGCGUCUCGUGGUCUGGAUAUCAAGGGUGUCGAGACCGUCAUUAACUACGAGGCACCCCAGAGCCACGAGAUCUACCUGCAUCGUGUUGGACGUACAGCCCGUGCCGGCCGCUCCGGUCGUGCAUGCACGAUUGCCGCCGAGCCCGACCGCAAGGUCGUCAAGCUUGCCGUCCGCGCCGGAAAGGCCCAAGGCGCCAAGAUCGUCAGUCGUGUGGUCGAGCAAUCCGUUGCCGACAGCUGGGCGCAAAAGGCCGAGGAUAUGGCUGACGAGAUUGCUGAGAUCCUGCAAGAGGAGAAGACCGAGAAGCAGUUCUCUCAAGCCGAGAUGCAGUUCACCAAGGGUGAGAACCUCAUGAAGCACGGAAACGAGAUCAUGUCUCGGCCGAAGCGGACGUGGUUCGAGACUGAAAAGGACAAGAAGGUUUCUCGCAAGCUGGGUAAUGUCGAGUUGAACGGUCCCAAUACCAAGAAGAGCAAUGUCAAGCUCAGCAACAAGGACAAGAAGCGUCUUGAUGAUGCACAGAUGAGACACGAUGGUAAUAUCGGGUGGAAGAAGGGCAAGGGUGAUGCGGAUUCUGCUAAGGAUCCCAAGAAGGCCAAGACUAAGGGCAAGGGCAAGUCGGCUAGUCCGUCGUGUUCGCGAUGCGCCGCGCGCAGCGAGCAGUGUGUGUAUAGCUUGUGGGUCGAUCCCCCUCUUUAUUCUAUUCCGUCACUGACACAUCGUUCUCCAAGAGCACCGACGUUAUCGUACACGAAACAGCUGGAGGCUAGGGUUGCGCAGUUGGAGGAAGCUUUGAAGCGCGGAGAGGGGGAAGAGACGCGGAAGACGAGAUCGCCCUCAUCGGCUGAGUCCAACUCGAGCGGAACGAAGAUAAAGAUCGAUCCCGAUGCCGAAGACCUCAGUCGAGCAUUUGAUGGCCUUAAUGUGGAAAAUGACGGUCGCGUCUCAUUUCAUGGGCCGACUAGUUUGUUCCAGCUGCCUGGUGGGGUAGUGAACGAAGCCGCGUCGACUUCGCAUUACGCGCAGGAAUUGGAGGGUCGCAAAGAGCGGCUUGUUAAUAGCGCAUGGCGGGAAAGGGCUUUCGAGCAGAUGGCUGCUAUGCCGGAGCCUUUCCAAUAUCUUCUCGAUUCGCAUUGGUGCUGGAUCCAGCCGCUGUGGAAUUUCGUCUACCGUCCUGCAUUUACACGUGAUAUGAAAAUUAAUGGGGCUUAUUAUUCCGACGUCUUAUUAAAUGCCAUUCUUUCUCACUCGGUACGCUGGUGCAAAUCGGAGCCUCAGGUUGGCCCGCUUCUGGACUCCUAUGACGGCGGUGCACAAUUCUCCCAUCGCGCAUUGAAUGGGGUAUUCGACUCUCUCAAAGUUGGUUAUGCAGGCAUCCCUACCAUUCAGACAUUACUUCUUCUCAGUGCCCAGGAAUGCGGCCGUGGAAAUCGGACGCAGGCUUGGCUAUACAGUGGCAUGGCGUUUCGACUGUUGGACGACUUGGGUAUAUCUAUCGACAGCCGGAAAUAUUCAGGAUCCGCUCAACUGAGUGAUGAGGAUAUUGAAAUACGGAACCGUCUAUUCUGGAGUUGUUAUUUCUGGGAUAAGGUGGUUUCAUUGUACUUUGGCCGAGCGCCGACGAUGCAGCACUCUCGCGUUAGCCCGCCACGCAUGAUUCUCGAUGACACCGCUGAGAUCGAAAUUUGGACACCUCAUGGGGUGAGCUUCACUGAUGGUGCUCACUAUCCGCCGACACAGGCGCAUUCGACGUCAUGUUUCAUGAAGAUGUGCGGUCUGGCGGAAGUCUUGAACCAGAUUCUGAUCCACAUAUACGACCCAAUCCGCAGAAGCACGGACUCGGAGUUCUUUGAUUGUGUUCAGGAGCAGGCCAAGAAUCUGAGUGACUGGUGGGAUGAGCUACCGGACUACUUGAAAUUGACGGCGGUAGACCUUCCUCCAUACUCACCACCAAGUCAUAUCGUGAUUUUGAAUUGUUUAUACCAUACUAUCAACAUCCUUCUCCAUCGACCAAUUCUCUGCUCUCGAGAGCUGCUCAAAGCCCGCCCCGAGGCAUACGACUCGACCCAUCUUGUACAAUGCAUGGCAUCAGCAACAUCAAUCCUAUCUCUCUUCGAUCUAUACCGCCGUACAUUCGGCGACAGCCACGUCGUCCUUUCUCUAGCAUACAGCAUCUACACAGCAGCAUCGAUUUUCCUACUGGAGAUCCAAGCCCUGAAAUACGCCGCACCGGGAACACUAGACAAACUCAAGUUCUGCAUUUUCGCUCUCGAGAGAGUCAAAGCCGCCAACCCCGUUAUCACAACAGCACUCAGCCUCAUCUCCCUGGAGCUCCAAAAACUCCAAAUCAACAUCCGCGGACCGAUGCCCCUACCUAUUCCCGAAACUGAACAGGAACACCACCCUCAGCAUCACCAAUCCCCACCCCAACCCCAUCCUCAUCUCCACAACCCUCAGCACAGCCAGGACCCCUCAAUAGGCAGCAACCCAUCCCGCCACGUCUCCCCAGGCCUGCAUCACCACCAACCACAAGCAUCGAUAGCCACGCAAGUCCAAACCACCGGCCCUGAAAACCCGCCCCUCAUGGGACCAUACAAUACCUUCCAGCACCCAGGGGCAGGGUUCAACAUCCCGCACCCGGGUGAAAUGCCCCAGAUGCCGCCUACGCACUUGCUGGGCGGGAUGCCAAACGCCGUCAUGACGAUGGAUGACCCCGGUUCCUACGAAAUCACGCCGGAGGUAUAUGAGGCAUUCUCGUAUGCGCAGCCGAUUACGACGAAUAUGACGCCUGUCUUUGAGCAGGGGUGGGGUGGACCUUCUCAAUGA